GUCUGGGAGGAGAGCCGGGGGCAGUCACUCAGCUCUGAUCCGCUGUGCAGGGUGGAUAACGGGACGGAUCUGUCGCCAUGGGGGUCGAAGGAUGCACCAAAUGCAUUAAAUACAUGCUCUUUGUCUUCAACUUCAUAUUCUGGCUGGCCGGAGGAGUGAUACUUGGUGUUGCUUUGUGGCUUCGACAUGAACCCAAAACGUCUAACCUCUUGAUCCAGCAGAUUGGGGAUAAGCAGGCACCUGGGACCUUCUACAUAGGUAUCUAUAUCGUGAUAGCGGUUGGAGCCGUGAUGAUGUUCGUGGGGUUCCUGGGGUGUUACGGGGCCAUUCAGGAAUCUCAGUGUCUCCUGGGAACGUUCUUUGCCUGUCUGGUUAUCCUGUUUGCCUGUGAAGUGGCUGCUGGUAUUUGGGGAUUUGCAAACAGCGAACAGGUGUCCAAAGAGAUAAAACAGUUUUAUGAUGAAGCACAUCAGCAGACAAUAUCUGGGAACAAGGAGGCAAGGGACAAAGCCCUUCCUGUACUCAAGGUUUUCCAUGAGACGCUGCAGUGCUGUGCAGGGAAAGAUAUCAAGCAGUAUCUAGCGGCUAUAACUAUGUGUCAAGACAUAAAUGAUAUUUUUGCAAAGGACUGUCACUCAAAGAUCGAUGAACUAUUCUCCACUAAGCUCUAUUUGGUGGGCAUUGCUGCUGUUGUGGUAGCUGUUAUCAUGAUCAUCGAGAUGAUAUUCAGUAUGGUUCUGUGCUGUGGGAUACGGAUUUACUCUGUGUACUGAAGAGCCAAGCUGUCUCCUCUGUAAAUAACCCAAUGUCUCUUCCCCUCUCCCCCGUCUAUUUCUCUUAUUAACGUUCUGUAACUGCCGUCUUAGAAUGUCUGCCGAGGUUGUGGGAUCCCUGCAGAAAGACUCAUAUUCUGAUUCUUGGCGGCUGGGAUGGUCUGUUCCUUUUCACAUACCCUGGCAACGAGAACACGGCCGCAAGGCACUCAGGAGUUACGAUCCUGUGAAUGUAACCCCUCAUCCUAGAGCUGUAAUACAUCAUGUUUGCGAUGAACCGUGUCAUUGCCAUGUUAUGAUGCGUACAUUUUCACUCACCAUUUGCAGAAUGGAUCUCCCCACUAAUCUCUGAGAAUGACAUAAACUACUGUUGUACAAUUUGUUACAUCUGGAGUAUGUUUACCUCCCUCUCUUUUCUCUCAAUGAUUUUUCCUUGACAAGUGAACGCAUGGUGAACAGUUUAAGUAUCUUUCCACUAAUCUUUGAGAAUAAUAAAAUAUGUUGUUAUACAAUUUGUAACAUCAGUAGCACCCAAGGAGUUCUUCUGUAGUCACACAUGUUGUUACCAUGGGGUAUGCUGAUCUCUCUCCCCUUUGUGUCCUUCAUUGGGGAACAUCAAUGAUCUUUUCCUGUUAGUGCAGCAGGCUACUCUUGAGUGCUCUUUUUGCUGUCAAGAAUUAUCUUUGCAUCUAUGUAAAUGAUGUUGUUUUAGUGUUGUUAGGGAGGUCCAAGCCCGUUUACCCAGCGUCUAGCCCCUUUCCCUGCACGAUCAGUCCCUACCUACACGGCACACACCAUCAUCACAUAGAAAACUAAAUAUAUACAGAUAAAGAUUGCCAUUAAAAACCUUUUGAUGGGGCAUUUUUCUUCAA